AGCCGUGGUUAGCUCACUGGUAGUUUCUUUUGGCUCUUUUGGCAAUUUCACCAUGACGGUGAUUAGCCUUGAAGAGCUGUCGAAGCACACUGCUCCGAAUGACACAUGGAUGGCAAUUCAUGGAUUGGUCUACGACACUUCCGGCUUCAUGACAGAGCACCCUGGAGGCGCGCAAUUGCUUGAGUCCGUUGCGGGUCAAGAUGCAUCAGCAGAGUUUGAGGAUGCCUUGCAUUCGACAGCUGCUCGUACCGAAGAGAAGAUAAGCUGCAAGGGAGUCCUAGCGGGCUCUGAGAAGCAGGUGCAGAGAUUUCGCGAAGCCGGCUGGGACGAGUCGAUGGGUGUCCCAGAUCCAGAGGCUUUGAUAGGAAAGAGUGGAAUGAGCCUACCUUCUACUGCAAUUUUCCUCUUGGUUGGCGCAGUUGCAGCAGCAGCCGCUGCAUGGUUCAUCGCCUCUCGCAAGAAGUAGACUUGAUUGCAUUUGUGCAAUGCGCGUUGCGCAAGUGUUCAGCAUCUUCCAUUUUGGCUGUACAGCCAUCUGUUAUGCCGAAGCAAGCCAUUCGUUUGGUCGUUUGGUAGCCUUUUCCGACUGUCCCGAAAGGGACGGUCGGUGAUCGAAAGACCCAUCUUUUGCCGAAGAAUGAAAGCAGAGGCUGCAACGCUACCGA